AUGGUCUACUUCAAGUCGUCUCUUCUGGCCCUCCUGGCCCUGCCCAUCCUUGGCGCGUUCGCUGCCGAGGAGGCGCCUCCUGUCGACACCGAUGCCACCGCUCCGGUUCUGAAGGCCGACAUUGCCGCUACCUUCCCCGAGGCUGAUAUCUUUGGCGUCAAGCUCGUCAACGGUCGUCCCACCAAGGCCGUUAUCGAGUUCACCAACCAUGAGGACUCCCCAAUUCAGGUCGCCAUGGUCGGUGGUCUUCUGACUACAACCCAGGAGUUGGCUGAGAAUGCUCAUCCCAGCGAUGCCAUCCUCCGCAACCUCACGUCUGCGCGCUACGACCUGACCGUCGAGGCGGGUGACAAGAAGGCUGUUCCCUACUCCUUCGCUCUCGACAUGCAGCCCCAGGAUGUUCUUCUUCAGCUCGUUGCUGUCGUCAGCAACUCCAAGGGCGAUAUCUUCCAGGUCCAGGCAUACAACGCAACCGCUGCCGUUGUCGAGCCUCCCACCAGCAUCUUCGAUCCCCAGAUCAUCUUCCUCUACCUCUUCCUGACCGGUGCCUUUGCUGGUACCCUUUACUUCGUUUACAAGACCUGGAUCGAGGCCCUCUUCCCACAGGCCAAGAAGGCGAAGACCGCUAAGAAGGUUCGCCAGGUGAACGUCACCGUACCCUUGGCUGAGGCCGACACCACCCCUGUUGCCUCCUCUACCGGCAAGGACUUUGACGAGAGCUGGAUCCCCGAGCACCACCUCAACCGUCCCGUCGCCAAGCGCGUCAAGAGCGGUGCCAGCGGCAAGGUCAAGACCAAGGUUGCCGAGUAG